CGCGACAAGAAGCUUUGGAUUGUGGACAGAAUCCUGGAGCCGCAAGCCAUUCCUCAUUUCAUCGAGUCCAUGGCGUUUGGAAUUCUUUCCGAUGGCUCCAAAUCAUCAUUUCCGCCGCUCUCCGAGGACGUGAUUAUGCUGAUGCAGCAGCCCAUGGCAACGUGGGCGCCGGCUCCGUACAACACCAGCCAUGACAUACUUGUACAGCAGCUCAUGACUCGCAUUGGCUCCCACGAGGAUGCAGAUCGUUUGGUGCCCAUCGAAAAGAAGCUUCAUGCGAUGAAGUCGAGGUUAUGGGAAGGCGUCAUGCCUCUUUCCGAGCGGCGCUGGAAGGAUCUUUCUCUAGACUCUCCGCAAAACUUUCACGCGGCAUGCCAGUAUAUUGCCGGUGCGACAAAUGCCUUUCACUAUCUGAAUCUUCCUCCUGUCAAAGCUGCUCUUCGCGAGACCUACAAUCUGAUAUGGGGACACUUGCGCCAUUUCGAAGAUGCGUUCAACGCCAAGAAUAGGCUGGAACAGAAGCCAGAAGUCAAAAUUGCGGCAAGAUGGCACGAGUACAUCAAGACGCACUUCAACUCUAUCUCUGCACAUGCCCACCGCUGGGUUAUUAACAGCGUUGAUCGUCUCCGCCGUCCUAUCCUCGAAGAGCUCGCGGCUCAUCCUCCAUCAGCUGGGUCUGAUAUGGACCCGCAGCAGUGGGAUUUGACAAACAAGCUCCAUGACCUGUUGGAAAAUGCAGGUCAAGCUGAUUCGGGCAUCUUUCUACCAAUGGACGGAUAUGAAGGAGAAAGCCUUCGUUCCCAAGACGAUGCGCCGCCACUUCCUGGCGCCAACGAGCCCUAUCGCACGGAGCCCAUCUCCUUUUCUGCGAAUACCUACGCUAGAAAGGGCGACUACUACUUGAGACUCAAGUAUCUAUCACGGACUGAGCUAUGGCUCGGCCACGAUCGCUCAACUGACCAGCCCCCGGAGCCCGGCCUGCCGACUGGCUUUGAUCUUAUGAACAACACUGCACGGAGUGCUUAUUGCCAAGUAAUAGCUCAGGAGAAGACAAGACUUGAACUUCGAGGACCGCCAGUGCCCUUGGAACAACAGCUCUGGGUGGAAACAGCGAAUCGAUAUCUUGGCACGCCGAAUAACUUUGAAUGGGGAUUCGUGGCGUACCGCCUUUCUCACGACCACACGGAUGAAGAGUGGGAGCAGUUCAAGACCAAGUUUGAGGCUGAUAUCGCGAAUUGGGGCCAUGAGCUGACUGGGGUUGACAAUCUGAGAGGACGUUCGGUGAUCCAUUGGCGAGAUGCCAAGGACCUGGAAGUCUCUGAUGACGAUGUCGACGCCCUUAGAACUAAAUUCCAGGAAUUCCGCGAAUCAGCAGACUUCCCAUCUGGCGUUCACUCUGAUAUCCUCCUUGGUGCAGACAAGGGCGUCAUCGACUCCUAUCUUAAUCCCACGCCGGAGCAGGGCGGCUUUGUCAUGACUAUUGACGCUGAUUUCGAUCCCAACUCGCCUGAUGACGAGCGCUCGGAAGAGUCGCCGGGUUAUAGCGGCGUUGUGCGCGUUCUUGGAAGCGUCCUUUGGGACGAUGUUGGCGCUCUUGUCGUUACGCAGACGCAGCAUUUGAGUGACUUGUGGCCAUUGGCGAUGCAUCACCCGCAUAACGUGUAUGAAGGG